AUGACCACAACAACAACCUCUGACGGCCACCUUGAUCCGCAGGCCCUCAGUGCUACCCAAAGAUCGCGAUGGGCCACACAAAGAAAGAGUGUCAACAGUAGUAACAACAAACGCAAUUCUCUGCUCGAACGUAUGGGACAUAAGAAGACAGGUUCCAAUGAGAAGAACCCCCCCUCCGACGGAUCCGACGCUCACGGUGAUGAUGGCCAACCGCCCCAAGCGAACCCCGAAGACCAGAAUGGUGGUGAGGAGGACGAAGAUCACGAGAACCGCACCUUGUUCUUUAACCAGCCACUGCCUGAAGAGCUUUUGGAUGAGAACGGCCAUCCCACUCAAGUCUUCACACGAAAUAAAAUCCGAACAGCCAAAUAUACGCCUCUAUCAUUCGUUCCUAAAAACUUGUGGUUCCAAUUUCACAAUGUUGCUAAUAUAUUCUUCUUGUUCUUGGUUAUCCUGGUUAUCUUUCCCAUUUUUGGUGGCGUCAAUCCAGGUCUCAACGCCGUUCCGUUGAUUUUCAUUAUUGCAGUAACUGCUAUCAAGGAUGCCAUCGAAGACUAUCGACGAACUAUUCUCGACAUCGAACUUAACAAUGCUCCUGUCCACCGAUUACGAAACUGGAACAACGUCAAUGUUAUGGAGGGUGACGUUUCCAUGUGGCGUCAAUUCAAGAAGGCCAACUCGAAAUUCUUCGGUUCUAUUUGGCGAGCAACUCAAUCUCUGUGGUCCAAGAAGGCGAAGGAGGAGAGGGCAAAGCGCAAGGCCGGCCCUGCGGAGGAGGAUGCGCCUCGGCCUUCAGUUGAGACGCACCGAACUCGUCAGUCCAUGCGACAGUCCAUUGCAUCGCCUUUCACCGGCCGCGAGUCCUUCAUGUCUGCCCGAGAGGACAUCCAGAUGACCCCUGUUCCAUCGCCCUCACCUCAGGCCACGCCUGCACAAUUUGAGAUGCCCGACCAGCAAGAUGCCAAGCGCGCAGCAGCUUUAUCGCAGAUGAAGUCUGAUGUCAUCAACUACAACCAUCCCCCAUCCGGUGCCCGAUUUCAAAAGGAUACCUGGAAGAGUCUCGUCGUUGGCGAUUUCGUUCGUAUAUAUAAUGACGAAGAAUUGCCCGCAGAUGUCAUCAUCCUAUCUACCUCCGAUCCUGAUGGAGGUUGCUAUGUCGAAACCAAGAAUCUGGACGGCGAAACUAACCUGAAAGUCCGCCAGGCUUUACGUUGCGGCCGAGGUCUAAAGCAUGCUAGAGACUGCGAACGUGCAGAGUUUGUGAUCGAAAGCGAAGGACCUCAACCAAACCUCUACAAGUAUAACGGCGCCAUCAAGUGGAAGCAGAAUGUCCCCGGCUACCUCGACGAAGAACCCGAGGAUAUGACGGAACCUAUCACCAUAGACAACCUCCUCCUACGUGGAUGCAACCUCCGGAAUACUGAGUGGAUUGUCGGUGUAGUUGUGUAUACCGGACAUGACACCAAAAUCAUGAUGAACGCUGGUAUCACUCCUAGUAAGCGUGCUCGCAUUGCUCGAGAGAUGAACUUCAAUGUCGUGUGUAACUUUGGUAUCUUGCUUAUCAUGUGUUUGCUCGCCGCUAUAAUAAACGGCGUGGCAUGGGCAAAGACAGAUGCGUCUCUUCACUUCUUCGACUUCGGAUCCAUUGGUGGCAAACCGGCUAUGAGCGGAUUUAUCACUUUCUGGGCUGCCAUUAUUCUGUUCCAGAACUUGGUGCCUAUUUCGCUCUAUAUCACCCUGGAAAUUGUGCGAACCUUGCAGGCUAUCUUUAUUUACAGCGAUGUGGAGAUGUACUAUGAACCAAUCGAUCAACCGUGCAUUCCCAAGUCAUGGAAUAUUUCGGACGAUGUUGGCCAAAUAGAAUACAUCUUUUCCGACAAAACCGGUACUCUCACACAAAACGUCAUGGAGUUCAAGAAGGCAACGAUCAAUGGACAGCCCUAUGGAGAAGCUUACACGGAAGCUCAGGCAGGAAUGCAAAAGCGACUUGGCAUUGAUGUUGAGAAGGAAGGAGAGAGGGUUCGCGCCGAGAUUGCUGACGCCAAGGUCCGGGCGCUUGCUGGUCUUCGCAAAAUUCACGACAAUCCAUAUCUUCACGACGAGGCUUUGACAUUCAUUGCUCCUGAUUUCGUUUCCGAUCUCGCUGGCGAGUCAGGCCCCGAGCAGCAGGCAGCCAAUGAGUAUUUCAUGCUAGCCCUGGCUCUCUGUCAUACUGUGAUGGCUGAGAAGGUUGAUGGUGACAAACCAAAAAUGAUUUUCAAGGCGCAGUCGCCAGAUGAAGAAGCCUUGGUUGCUACUGCUCGUGAUAUGGGUUUCACUGUUCUCGGAAGCUCUGGUGAAGGCAUCAAUCUGAACGUCAUGGGUCAGGACCGACAUUAUCAAAUUCUUAAUACGCUUGAAUUCAACUCUAGUCGAAAGCGAAUGAGUUCAAUUGUCCGGAUGCCUGAUGGUCGCAUUGUUCUCUUCUGCAAAGGUGCAGACAGCAUCAUCUACUCCCGCCUUAAACGAGGCGAACAGAAGGAGCUCAGAAAGACAACUGCUGAGCAUCUCGAAAUGUUUGCCCGGGAAGGUCUUCGAACACUGUGUAUUGCCCACAAGGAAGUUUCCGAGCAGGACUACCGAGCUUGGAAGAAAGAGCACGAUGCAGCUGCUUCUGCCCUCGAAGAGCGGGAAGAGAAGCUGGAAUCAGUGGCCGAGCUGAUUGAACAAGAUCUUUACCUUAUUGGUGGUACCGCCAUCGAGGAUCGUUUACAAGAUGGUGUCCCCGACACAAUCGCUCUCUUGGGUAAUGCUGGCAUCAAGCUUUGGGUUCUCACUGGCGACAAAGUUGAGACUGCAAUUAACAUCGGCUUCUCUUGUAACCUUCUCAACAAUGACAUGGAAUUGAUUCACCUUAAGGUCGACGAGGACGAGACAGGUGAGAUCACCGACGAGACCUUCUUUGAUAUGGCAGAAAGACUAUUAGACGACAACCUUCAGACUUUUGGUAUUACUGGUAGCGACCAUGAUCUCGCGCUUGCCAAGAAGAACCACGAACCACCCGCCCCAACCCACGGACUUGUCAUCGAUGGUUUCACACUCCGAUGGGUACUCAACGAUCGCCUAAAGCAAAAGUUUCUCCUGCUCUGUAAGCAGUGCAAGUCGGUUCUCUGUUGUCGAGUCAGUCCCGCGCAGAAGGCUGCCGUUGUGGCUAUGGUCAAGAACGGUCUCGAUGUCAUGACUCUUUCCAUUGGUGACGGUGCCAACGAUGUUGCCAUGAUUCAGGAAGCCGAUGUUGGUGUCGGUAUUGCUGGUGUCGAAGGCCGUCAAGCAGCCAUGUCUUCUGACUAUGCUAUUGCUCAAUUCCGAUUCCUUCAGAGACUGGUGCUUGUCCAUGGUCGAUGGUCGUACCGGCGUCUGGCAGAGAGUAUCAGCAAUUUCUUUUACAAGAACAUGGUGUGGACCUUCUCCAUUUUCUGGUACGAGAUCUAUUGUGACAUGGAUAUGACCUAUCUCUUCGACUACACGUAUAUUCUCAUGUUCAACCUCUUCUUCACUUCGGUCCCUGUCGCUAUUAUGGGUGUUCUGGAUCAGGACGUGUCUGACAAGGUAUCGUUGGCUGUUCCUCAGCUCUACCGACGAGGUAUCGAGCGACUGGAGUGGACCCAGCUCAAGUUCUGGCUCUACAUGAUUGAUGGUGUUUAUCAGUCCAUCAUGGUUUUUUUCAUUCCGUACCUUCUGUUUAUGCCUGGUACCUUCUUGACUGGCAACGGUCUGGGCGUCGAGGACCGUCUUCGCUUUGGCGCCUAUGUUGCUCACCCCGCCGUCAUCACGAUCAACAUGUACAUUCUGAUCAACACCUAUCGCUGGGAUUGGUUGAUGGUGCUCAUUGUUGUCAUCUCUGAUGUAUUCAUCUUCUUCUGGACUGGAGUGUACACUUCCUUCACCUCGUCGGCAUUCUUCUAUGGUACUGCUGCACAGGUAUAUGGAGAGGCAACCUUCUGGGCAUGUUUCUUCCUUGUACCUGUCAUAUGCCUCUUCCCACGAUUUGCUAUCAAGGCUCUUCAGAAAGUGUACUGGCCUUACGAUGUCGACAUCAUUCGUGAGCAGGAACGAAUGGGUAAAUUCGCACACCUCUACCAGGCUGAAGAGACCAGUGAUCCUCUCACUGCAGACACCAAGAGUGAUAAGUCCAAGUCAUCCAAGAGCUCAAGGAGGUCAAAGAAGAUGCCCAAGCACGUGGCUUAUGGAAGUGUCGAUGAGGAUCUACGGCCUAUUUACCCUCCGUCAACAGCAACACGAACCACGACAUAUAAUCAACACAGCCAAAAUGGCAGCGACUCGACCAAUUACACGGCGCAUCGCAUAUCGUUGGAUGUACCAAUGCAAGCCCGGCCAUCGAUUGACCGAGCACGACCAUCAUACGACCGUAUGCGAGCCUCGAUGGACAGGGUGAGACCCAGCUUUGAAGCCAGCAACGACUUCACAUCGGCAGCCCGACUCUCAAGGAUCGAGUCGAGUCAAUCGCAAGGAGGUCGAUUCCGCCCUCGACUUCGAGGACUUUCGUUGACUAAGAGUGCCAACAUAUGA